AAUCAGAUAUUAAUAACAUUGAAUAAUAACAAUUUUUGAAUAUUUCUCAAAUUCAUGUUCGAUAAGAUAAAAUAAGAUCAUAACGUUUAUUUGUAAGUCUAAUAUAAAGAAAGAAUAAACAUAAUGCCCGUUGUUGAUAAUUACACACAAUCUUAUGCGCAUUAUCACCUAUCGUGAAUUUGAACCUUUUCCCAUUAAUCUCAAAAAAGAUAAAACACGGAGAUAUCCAUUCUUUUUUGGGUUAUUUUUUGUCUAUGUGCACUAACUGUGAAGAAACAGUAUUUUUGUAGAAUUUUUUAACGAUUAGAACUAAAUAUUUAUACGUAGAAUCAAGGUUUGUCCAUGAAUUUUGCACAAUAACACGAGCACUUAACAAAUGAGUUCAUUAUAUUGAAACGAAUACUAUCAUGGCAGUAUGGCAACUGUUAAUGAAGUCAUGCAUAUAUCAGUGGAAAAUUUUAAAAAAUGAAGUAAUGAAAAAAUAAUUUUUUUACAAGAAGAUAUUGAAAAGAAAUUUUAAUUCAAAUUAAUUUUGAUUACAAUAAUGAUGUUAAAAGAUUAAGAAGUAAUUUGUUGAAUUUUGAGCAUCUAUAAAUGUUUAAUGAGUUAAUAAUAAAAUACUUUUUGCGUUUAGAGCAAUCCGGAAUGCUUAGCAGAACAGUAUAGUAAGUUGACUUGAUGAUUAUGUAGUUUGUCGAGUACUUCAAAUGCGCUAUGUUUGAAUCUGAGCGCCGACGAGUUAUGUAAUAACGGUAAGUAAGUCAGUUAUGUCGCACCUGUUCUAUAACAUAUUUACUACGUUCUAACAUACCAUAUAGUUCUUCCGUUUGGUCUUUGUGGCUUUCUAGAAUGACCUGAUAAGUGGUAAGUAAAUGUGUCUCAAGUAGUUGUGUGAAAGAACUCUGCACUAGACUAUCCAUCUGACCAGAGCUGUAAUCGAUAGUGAGUAACGAUAUGGAUGAUCAUGUCAGAAGCUUGUCAAUGCAAGAAAGACAUCAGACUAUUGAUACUGACACUGUCAGCACUCUACAACGGUGACAGUGAGCUAAAGAUGGGGUAUUCUUCGCUCUCUUCUUCCAAUAAUGGCUGUUCAAUAUUGAUAUUUACUACUGUAGCAUCAACAUUGGACUAUGUACUGUUGUCUAUGAGCACUCCUCAGCAUUGAUUUUAUUUAGAUUUUAUUUUUAUAGAAAUUACUUUAAUGAUUUAUUGGUUGAUCAGCAAUAUGUUCUAAAUUCUAUAUGAACAAUCAUUAUAUACAUGUAGCAUCAUAUCAAACGAAAAGUUCAACACAUUCAGCGUGUUAAUGAUGCUCGAAAUCUUUAUAUUUGUAAAGAUAAUUGAUUAAAUGUUGAUCAAGUAUAUGAUAGAAAUUGACAACACAAAGAUUUAAUGGAAAUACAAUAGAAAUGUUUUUCGCAUUAUUGAUUAAAAACUGAUCAUUUUUCAACUGCCUAUUUCUUAAGAAGGCUAGAAGUGAACUGUGUGUCAAUAUAUUAGAUAAAAGAAAAUUGUUUUGAGUUGAAACUUUCACUUCAGAUUGCUACUUGAAAUUUGGUAAAAGCUCAUUCAAAUUUUCUUAGAACAAGAUUGCUAGAACAAACUGUCGACAUAUGAAAAAGAAGAUUUCAUCCUUAAAUAAAGUCUAGAGUUUAAAGAGAAAUUGUGAACUUUACGAACAAUCAAGAAGAACAUUUUUAUUUGUGAUCCGAGGAAUUUCUUCUAUACUAGCCGCUAAUUUUUUGUUUAUGUUUCAUAUUUAAUAUUAUUUUCUUGUAGAUGAAAGAAUCAUCAUCACCACCGUUGUCAUCAUCGUCUAUUGAAGUUGAAAAAUAUUUGUCAAAUGAAUUUCAAAUUCGUAAUCAACCCUAUAUUAUUACCAUGUCUAUUAAACAAAAUUCUACACAAUUAGAUUUAGAAGUUGAAGCAAAACAAACAGCUGAUCAAUGGAAAGCAAGUUUUGAUGUGGCAGCAAUUGAAACUAUGACAGCUAAAACGGGCAAUUUUAAAAGUUUUACCGUAUUUACAAACAUGUUAGAGAAUGCCAUCAACGAGGAGAAUACAUCUGUUAGUAUUGAUUUAUUUACAUACGAUGAUUUAGAAGCAUUAAGAAAAAAACGACAAGGUGGUGGACAACAACCACAAGCAUCAUCCACUCAACAAAUAACACCGCCUGCAUUAGCUAAUAAACGUUAUCUUAUUUUAACUUAUAAUGCAGAAUAUGACAGGUAUGUA